AAAAAAGAAGACAUAGCAGAAGUAGAAGAAGAAAAAAAACACACACACACACACACACCAUUGAUGAGUCUAUCCAAGCGAUCCCAUCUCAUGGAUCCCAUCUCCGCCUCCCUCAUCCUCCGCGAGUACUCCAUCUUCAAGCCUUCUUCACCUCCAUGCUACUCCCCCCUCGUUGACAUUGUUGAUGAUGAGCUCGCCUUCGCCCUCGACCUAGUAAGCCCCAAGUUUCCCUCCGUCUUCGACCUUCCGGUCAUCUCUCCGCUUGACUUCUUCGAGGGCGCGACCGAUCUCGUUCAGUUCAACCGCGCUUCGUCGCAUUUCCGACGUUUGCACGAUCGGGCUGAGACAGAGCUCCACCUCCGGAACCUCAGCGACCGCGUCGCGGCGCUGGAGAUCGGGUUCGACCUGGCGAUGAAGCCAAAACCGGCAGAUCAGGAGCGCAAGUACAAGUGGACGGCAGAGAUCAAGGGUCCCAAGGGGGAGGGUUUUGAUCGGAAGUACAAACUGACGGCGGUGAAGGGCGCGGCGCAGAAGAACGUCAAAUGGACCGCUGAGAUCACAGGAAAGGGGAAGGACGCACCCAUGACUCGCACUUACACAUUCCAGGCGUCCACUGUGCCGUCUGAGGCCAACAAGGAGAAGCAUAACAAAGUGGAAAUGGGGAAAAAAGAGGCUUCCUCCGGCAAACGGGUGGUGGAGAUCGAGGAACCUGUGAAUCGUGGGGCCAUUGUCUUGAAGCAGGCUUUUGCAAAGAGGGCCUUUGAUCAUAGCAAGGGCAAGAGGAAGGAGCUAUCACCACAGGAUGCUGCUUUGAUAAUUCAGAUGAGUUUUAGAGCUCAUCUAGUCCGCCGCUCUCAAGUUCUUCGUGGUCUUCGUGAUCUGGCAGUUGCAAAAGCUAAGCUGAAGGAAAUCAGAGCUCUGUUUUCCAAUUACUCGUAUCGCCGUCGCAUUGAGGUUGAUGCUGAAGAACGCCAGAGGUUCUCUGAGAAAAUCAUUGUUCUCCUCCUGACUGUUGAUGCCAUAGAGGGACUGGAUUACAUAAUUCGGGCUGCGAAGAGGUCAAUGGUUGUAGAACUGGAAGGUAUGCUGGAGGUGGUGGACCCUCAACCACUUGGAAAGCUGGGGUCGAUGAAGCGCAGGCAAUUUGACUUACCCACUGGUGGAUCCAUCUCGAGGGAAAUGGCAAUGGGUGUGGCAGAGGUAGUUCAGAUGCUUGAUGAGGAGGACAACCAUGGCAAUACUCUGUCGGGUGUUUCUUUGUAAACCAGGGAAGUAGAGUUCAUCUUGUGUGCUACACAAACUUGCUGCUGAUUGCUAAACUUGUGUUGGUGUGAUGUGGAUCACUGGAUCUAAUUUUGGGCCUGUCUAUUGCCUCAUUUCUGUCUCAGUUACUUGGGUUUUACUUAUUUGUAGCGGAUGUGUUAUUAUGUCUGGAUCCUGUAGGCACGUUAGGGGGUAGACUGAUUUUCUUAAAUUUUCAGUGUUUUAGUACUCUUUUAUUUCUCGGAUAUCAGAUUGGAGUGUUAUCAA